CCAUAAUAUGGAGACGGCGUCGAAAAAACUGGUUGAUGAUUCAAACAUAUCAAUAGAAGCAGAGGGAAGAGAUUGUAUUUAUUGUGCUAGCAAGGCGGUAGACAAACCGCCUUAUGCUGGCUUCAAAACAGUUAAUCUUCAGUCGCUGGAGCAUGGUGGGUGCGUUUUGGUCGCGUUUUGAUACAUAUUCCGCAUUUUAAGCUAAACAGAGACACUAGGCAAAAAAGAAACGAAAAUAUGUUAACGUUUUUAUAUAUCGGUUCAAUAUUACUUACAUUUAACAACGUAGUGAACUGUCAAGAAGCAUGCCGUACCCCAAACCGACGUGAAGGCCGCUGUGUAACGCGCCAAGAGUGUCGUAGCUUCAACGAAUAUUUUACCCCGGAUCGCAUUCUCAACCAGGACGAAUUGAACUUUGUGCAACAGUCACGGUGCAGUUUCAGUCCCAUAAAAAUAUGUUGUCCAGAUAGAGUCAGACAAGUUUCAAACACUACAAUCAAUCCUGUAACGAUUCCACUAUCGACAACAUCGACAACAACUCCCGCUCCCUCGAGAGGUCUCCUACCGGAUCCAUCAAAUUUCGAAUGUGGCCUGGACAUGCUGGCGGACAGAAUUGUCGGCGGGUCUGACACCAGCCUGGAGGAAUUUCCGUGGUUUGCUUUACUGAACUAUGUAAAUCGAAAGGGCGUUGAAGCGUUCAAAUGUGGCGGAUCGCUGAUAAACCGCCGAUAUGUUCUAACGGCGGCGCACUGUCUGGACAAUGAACACCUCGAUGCAGGAGAGCGAUUCGUCAACGUACGGCUUGGCGACCACGAUACGUCCAAUGAAAUAGAUUGCGACGAGGAAGACGAACUCAAUCGUGUUUGUGCUGAUCCACCGCAGAACAUUGGCUUCGAAGAACUCAUCAUACAUCCCGGCUACAGAAAAAACGAUCCCAAUCAGCAUAACGACAUUGCGUUGAUCCGACUGGAGCGAGAUGCCGUAUUGAAUUUAUUUGUGACUCCAAUUUGUUUGCCAGACGCCUCGUUCCCUGGAUCCCGUCCUGGUCGGAGAGUAACCAUCACAGGAUUUGGUCACACCGGACGAACGCGUUUCAGUGGUAUCAAACAGAAGGCAUUGGUUCCGAUAGUUGAUCAACAGCAGUGCCGACAGAAGUGGUCAAGAAUAACAAUUGGCGAGGGGCAGUUGUGUGCGGGUGCCGAAUUUAAUAUCGAUUCGUGCUCUGGAGAUUCUGGAGGGCCGUUGAUGAGCCAGAAAUUGUACUGGACCAUUGAGGGAGUAGUGUCGUUCGGUUACAAAUGUGGACUAGAAGGGUGGCCGGGAGUUUAUACAAGGGUUUCCAAUUAUGUUGACUGGAUUAAGAGCGUUAUUAAACAAUGAUUUUCAAUGUUCUAUGACUGAGGUAUUCUGAUGUUUUGUACAACCAUACAUAUGUGACAAAUUUUGCUAAAAUUUUAAAACAAUGAAAUAAACUUAUUCAAGUGAA